AACCUGGAGAACGCAAUGCAGAUGCUGAUCAAAACCUUCCACAAGUACUCGGGGAAGGAGGGGGACAAGUACACUCUGAGCCGUGGAGAGCUGAGAGAGCUGUUAACAGAGGAGCUGGGGAGUUACCUAGGGAAUGCACGGGAUGGAGAAGGAGUUGAGAAGGUGAUGAAUGACCUGGACGCCAACAGUGACGGUGAGGUGGACUUCACAGAGUUCAUCAUCCUCAUGGGAGCCCUGACGGUGGCCUGCAACGACUUCUUCAUGGAAUAUAAGCCAGAGAAACUCGUCCACACGCCCUUCAAAACAAAGGAGGCAACGAUAGAGGAGAUUAAAGAGUGA